AAUACAUCCUAGAUCAGCGGUAGAGACGCCAUUACAACCGAGCAAAUAGAUUGAAAUUUAGGUCUUUGCUACUGGAUAAACUGUUUCUUUGUAUUCGUUUUUUAAAAUACGUUGAUCAACAUUGGAGUUCCAUCAAUACUGAUUUAUAAACAGAUUUAAAUAUAUAAACACGGAAAACGACUUUUGAAUUUUCAAAAUGUCGUACAUGCUCCCACAUCUCCACAAUGGAUGGCAAGUAGAUCAAGCUAUCCUCUCUGAGGAAGACCGUGUUCUCGUCAUUCGUUUCGGCCACGACUGGGACCCGACUUGCAUGAAAAUGGAUGAAGUCUUGUACAGCAUCGCUGAAAAGGUGAAAAAUUUUGCUGUGAUUUAUCUGGUGGACAUCACAGAGGUGCCAGAUUUCAACAAGAUGUAUGAGCUGUACGACCCUUGUACAGUCAUGUUUUUUUUCAGGAACAAACACAUCAUGAUUGACUUGGGCACAGGUAAUAACAACAAGAUAAACUGGACAAUGGAGGACAAGCAGGAAAUGAUUGAUAUUGUGGAGACUGUAUACAGGGGAGCACGAAAAGGAAGAGGUCUGGUCGUGUCUCCAAAAGACUACUCAACGAAAUACAGAUAUUAAUUCCCACCAUCACCUUGUUUGAUAUGGUGCUUGGAAGUAUCCAUGCUUGAGACAAUUUGCCUUGGAUGUUGAACUUUGAAGAAGCAGGAUUGUUUUUAGUUUUCUUCAUAAUGCAUUUUGCCAUUGACUUUGGAACGUUUUCAAAGCAUGAAUGAACGUGUGUGUGUGUGUGUGUGUGUGUGUGUGUGUGUGUGUGUGUGUGUGUGUGUGUGUGUGUGUGUGUGUGUGUGUGUGUGUGUGUUAGGUACUGCUGCAAUUUUAGUUGUUUAUAAAGAUCUGUUUGACCAUUAUGUUACAGUUCUGCAUCAUCAACAAUAAACCGCCAUUUUCAUACUGAAA